AGGUUAUGUGGGGUUAUGUUCCAAAAAAAAAUUGAACUCGUGAUAACAAUUUAGGAAUAAUCAGAGUCUAGCAUUUGCGAUUAAUUAAAAUACUGGUGCAGCUUAAUCUGGUUGCGUAAUUAGUCAAUUUGUGAUAAUUAGAGUAAUUUUCCUGGUGUGGACGUAACUUUUACCACCGCCACCCUAACCUCACCAUCCCGUCGAAUUUUCGUCUUGUCAAAUUUUCCCCCAAACGAUGGUCUUCCGCCGUUUAUUCCAGCCCCAAUUGACUUCCCUUUUACGUCAAUACUGUGAUAAGAAGCCCCCUCAGGAAUAUUUUAAUCGUGAGGGUGACCGUGGCAUGUCUAAAACCCUCACAUCUGAAACUUUACCGAAGGAUUCGAAGAUUUUUGACGCUAUUGGGGCCACAGAGGAGUUGUUAAGUCACAUAGGCUUGGCUCGCGAGUAUGCACAAGAGGCGGAACACGAAUACUCAGAUAAACUCAAACGAAUACAGACAAUAAUUAUAGAUUUAAGUACGGCGAUUUCACGCUCGAACGAUCAGGCGAAAAAAAUCAUCUCGAAAAAUUACACCAAAGAAUUGGAAGAUUGGAUUUUGGAAUACUCAAAGCAGUUGCCGCCGCCAGAACAGUACAUUAUUCCUGGGGGCGGAAUCCCAAGUGCGUCUUUACAUGUCGCACGGGCGGUUUGUCGUCGCACAGAACGCGUGAUUGUUCCUUUGGUGAAGGAAGGGCAUUUACAUAAUGAGGCACUCAUUUAUCUCAAUAGACUGUCAGACUUUUUGUUUAUUGUCUCACGAAUGGCAGCUAAAUUAGAUAAGAGGACUGAGUCCAUCUACAUACCCAAACCAGACGAGAAAGUCCAAGCUCAAUAAUUUAUUAUAUUUUGUAUAUAGGAAAGUUUACACAAAGUUUUAAUAAAAUAACAAUAA